AUGGGGAAAACACGAACUGCGACACUCAAAGAUGUGCCUGCCGUCAUCGAUGUCAUCCUCUCUUCAGUUCCCAACGAACGCCUGUGGACGAAUUUUGUGCCGUCACAAAGAGGCCGUGGCACUGACUUCCGUCAAGAGAUGGAGGCUCUCUUUGAAGAGCAUAUCGACCCAAGCCACAACGACUGGGUGAUUGAGGUCGUCGAUCUAGGAGAGAAAGGGGGCACUCCCGUCAUCGUUUCUGUUGCCGUGUGGGACAUGUCGGCAGCGGAAGGCCAUGGAGGACAAUCAAGUAAGAAUCCCGCUACGCCUUCCCACCUGCAACAAGAAAGUAAUUCGAGGCAAGAUGCAGAGCAUGAGACCAAGAUGCCCAUCGAGGACCCGCACCUCGGCAUCUUCUACGACCUAGUCCAGAAUGGUCGCAGUGAGUUUGUGAAAAGAUACCCACAGUUCAUGUAUCUACAGCUCCUGGCCACCCACCCCAACUACCGCGGCCAAGGCUAUGCCAAAGACCUGUUGCGCGCUUACAUGGUCAAGGCGAAGCAGAAGGGAAGCGUUCUAACUUCCUUUGGUGGGCCAUUUGGCUACAUCUUCUUCAGUGGGCUAGGGUUCCAUGAUCUGGGUGCAAUUGCCUUGCCUUCAGGCAUCACGAGCGACACAGUCAUGGUCAAGGCAAUGUCACUUGUUGUCCCGAAAGAAGCCAGGAGACGGUCCAUUGUCAACGCCGUCGUCAAUCAUAUCACCCGCUAG